AUGGCUGCCAGUUCAGCCUUGUCUGCCCUUUCGGGCCCUACAUAUGUCACUGCUCAGACAGUGAUCCAGCAAGUGGCUUAUUUAUUAAGUGACAAGAUCUUCUCUUAUUCCCCGGAGAGUUUCAAUCUUGAUGUGGCUCUCCGUCAAUGGGCCGAGAAGCAGGAAACCAAUGCCAACGGCGAAUCUCCUGUUGUACAAGCUAUGGAGACUCGCCAAGGUGCCGGAAAUAUUGCACUGGGUUAUCUUUUCUCUCAAGAUUUCGACUUGAAGAAACGCCAUGUGCCCCAAGGGAUCGUUGCAUCUUCGGCCACUCUGCCUUACCUGCGCUCCGCCCUUGAGCAGCUUUCCCUGCUCUACUCGGUGGCAAGCCCGGUGGCUGCUCAUGUGGCCGCUGUUGACUACAGCGGAGAGGAGGGAUUGGUUUCCGACUAUGCUUCGGCAUUGGCUCUCGCCGAGGACCUUGGUCUAGGUCUUGUUUCUAGUGGGUCUGCGCACGAAUCUCAACAUAUGGCUCUGUUCACCACCCUGCUCGCAUCUGUUCUGCCUUCAAUUCACAUAUAUGAUGGCGUGCGUGUCGGCAACGAGACUACUCGAGUCAUCGAUAUUCUGGACAAGGACGGUUUGAACCGAACAUAUGAGACUGUUCGCAAGACUUUGGAUGAUUCACGUACCCGCCACCUCGACACCCAAGGCAAGGUGCUGGAUAUCCUCAAGACUCUGAACGGGGAACUAGGCACUGACUACGGUGUCUUCGAGUACCAUGGUCACGCGGAGCCUGUUUCGGUUCUGGUUGUCUUCGGUACCGUUGAAGCUACUUUGGCAGCUCAGGUUGCUCGUUCUCUGGCUAAGAGUGGCGUUCAAAUUGGUGUUGUUAACACUCGUGUUUAUCGCCCCUUUGUCGAGGAAGAGUUCUUGCGUGUGUUGCCCAAGUCUACCAAGACCGUUGGAGUCCUGGGCCAAGUUACCAAUGACUUGGCCGUUCAAGAGGAGGGUGUCCACUCUGCUCUCUAUGAGGAUGUGUUGGCAUCAUUGACCUUUGCCACUGACCGUGAGCAUGCCCCUGGUAUUGUUGAGAUCAAGUACCCACGCUCUCAGGAAUGGGAUUUGGUCAGUACUGCUGCGGCCUUCCAGCGCAUCUUCGAUAAGCCAAUUGUGCCUAUUGGUGGUGCCGCACCCCUGCAGUUGCUGGACCCUUCUACUGUCCAGGAGUACACUUUCUGGGAUGUUGACAACUCAACCACCGCAGAGGCUUCCCAGACUCUCAGCCAAGCUUUGGCCGCCGACUCUGCUAGCAAUGUUACCACCAGCACGGUCCACGAUAACCUGGUCCAAGGUGGUGCUGUUCGUAUCGACAUCCGUAAGAGCGCUAAGACCAUCGAUGCUCCUUACGCCGUCUCCGCCGCCGAUGUUUCUUAUGUUGGAAGCCUUGACAUCCUUAAAGAUAUCGAUGUUCUUGCCUCGCUUAAGGAGAAUGCAAAGAUCAUUGUGAAUGCGACUGGUGUCAAGGACGAGGAUCUUGAAAAGAAGCUGCCUCCUGUGUUCCGUCAAACUAUCGCCCAGCGGGGGAUUUCCCUGUAUAUCCUCGAUACCUCCGCCAAUGAAGACUCAUCUCUCGAGAAUCUGAUCCUUCAAGCGGCCUUCCUCCGUGUUGCUCUUCCUACCCAGGAAGGCGUCGCAACCAAGAAGCUCUCUUCUAUCUUGGGCAACGGGGAAGCUUUGGAAAAUGUUUCCAAGGAUCUCGAGAAACACCUCCGCCAGAUCGAGGUUCCUGAGGCCUGGAAGGAACCAGAAGGCGCUAGCGAGGCUGUUCAGCUCCCCACGAACAUCUCUGCUAACAGCUUCGUUCCCUUCGAUAAGGAAGAGGCUGAGCCUCCUACACUCCUUAAGGACUGGCAGACCGCUGCUCGUGGUCUCGCAUUCAAGGAAGCCUUCGGCACCAGGAAUGCCCUCCGCCCUGACCUGGCAACCAAGACCUACACUGUUCACGUCAAGGAGAACCGUCGUCUGACUCCAGUCACUUAUGACCGGAACAUCUUCCAUAUUGAAUUUGACCUUGGCAAUACCGGUCUCACCUACGACAUUGGUGAGGCCCUUGGCGUCCACGCCGAGAAUGACCCGAAGGAAGUUAGUGAAUUCAUCGACUUCUACGGCCUGGACCCUGAUUCCAUCGUGGAAGUUCCCAGUCGUGAGGAUCCCAAUGUGCUCGAGAACCGCACUGUGUACCAGGCACUGGUCCAGAACAGUUUGCCACCGACGAAAAAGGAGAAGAUUGCCCUUGCAACCCUCGGUGGCCCCGAUGGUGCUGUUGAGUUUAAGCGCCGUGCCGAGGUCGACACCGUCACCUUCGCUGACAUCCUCCUCGAGUAUCCCUCCGCCCACCCCGACUUCCACGAGAUCGUCCGCAUUGUCGGUCCAUUGAAGCGUCGUGAGUACUCCAUCGCCUCUUGCCAGAAGGUCACCCCGAAUACCGUCGCUCUCAUGAUUGUCGCUGUCAACUGGGUUGACCCCAACGGCCGUGACCGUUUCGGUCUUGCCACCCGCUACCUGAAGGAUCUGCAGCCUGGCUCGCCUAUUACUGUGAGCGUCAAGCCCAGUGUCAUGAAGCUGCCACCCAAGUCCACCCAACCUCUCAUCAUGGCUGGUCUGGGUACCGGACUUGCUCCUUUCCGUGCUUUCGUUCAGCACCGUGCUCUCGAGAAGGCGCAGGGCAAGGAGAUUGGUUCCGUCCUGUUGUACAUGGGAUCCCGCCAUCAGCGUGAGGAGUACUGUUACGGUGAAGAAUGGGAGGCCUACCAGGAAGCCGGUGUCAUUACUCUCCUUGGUGCCGCCUUCUCGCGUGACCAGCCGCAGAAGAUUUAUAUCCAGGACCGCAUGCGCGAGUCUCUUUCGGAGAUUCAAAAAGCCUAUAUCCGUGAAGAGGGUGCUUUCUACCUGUGUGGCCCCACAUGGCCUGUUCCUGAUGUGACUGCUGUCUUGGAGGAGGCUAUCGGUGCCGAGGCCAAGGCCAACGGCAAGAAGGUCGAGACUCGCAAAGAGAUUGAGAAGCUGAAGGACGAAGAGCGUUAUGUCCUUGAGGUUUACUAG